AUGGUCAAGCCGCUCACCUUUAAGGGCGACAAGAAGCCGAAGAAGAGAAAGAGGGAGCACAGGGAGGACGGAGGGGCCGAGGUGGACGAUUCAGGCAACCCGGUCGCCGCAGCCACCACCAGCAGCAGCAACAAGGUCGCCAGGACAGACGACGACAAUGUCGAGAACGACGACAGCUGGGUCUCGGCCGAUGUCGUGGCCGACGUCUCGGGCCCGGUCAUGUUCGUCCUCCCCACCGAGCCGCUGACUGCCCUGGCGUGCGACGCCAAUGGCAAGGUCUUUACGCUGCCGAUCGAAAACGUCGUGGAGGGCAACGCCGCCACGGCCGAGCCGCAUGAUGUUCGCAUGGUGUGGGUCGCCAACAAGAUCGCCGGCACGGAGAAUUACAGGUUCAAGGGGAGCCACGGGAAGUUCCUCGGCUGCGACAAGUACGGCAUCUUCAGCGCCACGUCCGAGGCCGUCUCGCCGCUCGAGUCCUUCGCGCUGGCGGCCACGGCCGACACGCCGGGGACGUUCCAGGUGCAGACGCUGCGCGAGACGUACCUGACGGUCAAGGCGUCGGCGUCGUCGCGCGCCAACGCGCCGCCCGAGGUGCGCGGCGACGCCGCCGACAUGAGCUUCGACACGACGCUGCGCAUCCGCAUGCAGGCGCGCUUCAAGCCGCGCUUCAAGGCCACCAAGGAGGAGAGGGCCCGCGAGAAGAUCUCCCGCAAGGAGCUCGAGGAGGCCGCCGGCCGGAGGCUCGACGAGGCUGAGGUCAAGAUGCUCAAGCGCGCGAGGCGCGAGGGCGACUACCAUGAGAAGUUGCUGGACCUGAAGACGAAGAACAAGCACGACAAGUACGGUUGA